CACAGGGACUGCAUGAUGAUUCCAAACGCCAGUGGAACUCAAACAGCCAGAGCAGGAAUCGCUUUUCGCAGAUUCAGCAGGGGGCGUGAGACGUGGCAGCGGGACGUCGGGGCCCACCAAUGGCGGCUUCGCAAGUAUCUCUGGAUGCCCUCAAUACAGGCUGCAUCAGAGUAGCAGUCUGCCAUUUGUAAAGGCGCUGACAGCAGACCUUAAUUUCCUGGGGGACGACACGUUAAUCGCGCACCCGACUGUCGGCCACCUAUCAGCAUUCGCUGAUUGGUGCAGCUGCCAGUUGGGUUUCUUUCGCUUGCACCGUCUCAAUUGCGGCGACAAGCUGAUGAAAGCUCUUUAGCAAAACUUUCCCCUUUCUCCUUAUGGCGGCAAUUUUGUUGGAUGUGGGUGGACUUCUGUGCAACGAGGAGGAGCCCGACUCUGACCUGUAUCCGGAGAGUCCAAGCGGCACAUCUGAAUCCCUGUCAGAUGCGUCCACAUCGGCACCUUUCCAUGUGUCCGCCUGCCAAUGUAGCUGGAAUUGUCCUCUCCCCCCUCACCACGGCCUGUGGCCUCGGACCUCUUAUGAACCCCAGGCUGACCUAGAGGACUGCAGGGAGUGCAUUGAGGUCCUCAUUCAGCAGGAACUCCACCACCUCCCCUCGCCUGACUACUUUCACCGGGUUCAGGACCUGGCAGUCUGUCCAGAACGAAGAGGGGAUGCUAUCAGGUGGAUAAUGCAGGUCCGUAGCUGCUUCAAUUACAGUCUGCUCACGGCCUCUCUUGCGGUCAACUACAUGGACAGGUUCCUCUCUGCAUACCCCUUGCCGGAUGCCGAAUGGCCUCUGCAACUCGUUGCUGUGGCCUGCUUGGCAAUCGCUGCCAAGAUGGAGGAGGUCGACACACCCUUUCUUUCUGACAUUCAGUCAAAGACACCGUUCUGCAUCAAACCAGAGUUGAGCCAGCGUAUGGAGAUCCUGGUUCUGAGCACUCUCAAGUGGCGCGUCCAUGGCGUAACCAGCUUCAGUUUUGUCGAUCCCUACCUUGCCAUCAUCGGCGCAGACGGCCCUUUCGCAGCCGCCCUAAAUGCAAGGGUUUCCGAGUUGCUACUCCGGGCUUUGCUUGAUGUGCGAUUCCUUGCCAUCCGUCCUUCAAUUACAGCGGCUGCUGCUGUGAUGCAAGCGCUCCACGAACUACCACGGAGGGAUGCGCAGGUCUAUCAAUCAGCAUUGAUGAAAACCCUUUCACCAAGUCCGGCUGUCCUGGAGAGCUGCAGGCUGCUUCUCGCUGAGGUUGCCAACUCGACAAUCUACGCUGCCACCAGCGAGGACUCUGGUCUCACUUGCGUUGCGCAACAAGUUGUUGAUCCGUUCCCUAGAAAGCCCGCGCCCUCCAACGUUGGCUGGGCUCAGGCAGCAAGGGAUCCCUCCCAAGCUGUUGCCUCACGCGCGUUGUCUGGGGAUGGAGUCAGUCUUUCAGGGAAACGGAAACGGCAGAGUCUUCGUCAAUAGAAAGCUUAUACUUUAGCAUGUAUAUUACAGGUAUCUCGGAGUUGUUAGGUAAAAGUUGUGACACCUUUGUAAGAAGGUCGCAUUGCAACACGCAGAUGUGGCCUCGAUGAAACUUUAACCUUCUAGAUUAUCUCGAUCUAGAUAACAAUAGCUUGCUGAUUUCGACCAGAGUCAGGUAGGAAUCAGCGUUGAUAACUGCAGAGGUCGUGUUUAAAAUCAUAGCUAGAAGCAUCCACUCGAGCAAAACUCUUACAAGAGAAAUAAUGCAUAAAGACUUGAGCAGAUGAAUGAGUUUUAUAGUGCUUGUUUGUGUAUAAUGACCUGACAGUUGACAAGUGUUUAAAGUUCAUCUGGCCCGACGCCAGAGAGCGGUUGAUCUAUCUGAAG